CGGGGCGACGUCAUCGUGUUCGCGCGCUGAGAUCGCCCUGGUCGGUGAUUGGCUGGCCCUGGAUGGGCGGAGCAAGCGCAUGCGCUCCUUUUUUACUCCGGCUUGUUCCAUGCCGCAGUCCGCUCAGGCGUGUUUUUGCCGGUGCUCUUGAGUCCCUGGGACCCAUGCUUCAGGCCGUGCUUCGGGGGAUUGGGCACUCCGUGCGGCGAGGGCCCAGUCUUCGGAUCCCUGUCCUGGGGAGCCGCGGCUGGUGUGACGGUGCCGGCGAUGGCGACGGGAGUCCGGGGCCCCCGCGUGCCCGGGACGAUCGCGCCUACUUCACUACCCCCAUCUUUUACGUGAAUGCGGCUCCGCACAUCGGACACCUGUACUCGGUAUUACUCGCCGAUGCGAUGGCCCGCUACCGCCGCCUUCGGGCCGCGCCGCCUCGGGGCCCGGCUCUGGCGGACUCCCUAGUCCGCUUCUCUACUGGCACCGACGAGCACGGGCUGAAAAUUCAACAGGCGGCCGCCGCGGCGGGGCUCAGCCCUUCAGAACUCUGCAACCGGGUGUCCGCCCAGUUCCGGGCGCUCUUCCAGGAGGCGGACGUCUCCUUUACCGACUUCCUGCGCACCACGGAGGCCCGGCACCAGCGCGCCGUGCACCACUUCUGGGGAGCCCUGCGAGCCCGAGGUCUGCUCUACAAGGGGCUGUACGAGGGCUGGUACUGCGCCUCCGAUGAGUGCUUCCUGCCCGAGGCUAAAGUCACCUGGCGCCCGGGUCCCGACGGGGAAAGCCACCCGGUGGCUCUGGAGAGCGGGCAUCCGGUAUGUUGGAUGAAAGAGGAAAACUAUAUCUUCAGGCUCUCCCAGUUUAGGGAGCCUCUCAGGCAGUGGCUCCAGGACAACCCUCAGGCCAUCACUCCGGAUCCUUUUCGCCUUACUGUUCUCCAGUGGCUGGAGGAAGACCUGCCAGACCUCUCGGUGUCCCGAGGGAAUAGCAGUUUGUCCUGGGGCCUCCCAGUUCCAGGUGACCCAACACAGACCAUCUAUGUGUGGGUUGAUGCUCUGGUUAACUACCUCACAGUUAUAGGUUACCCUGACUUGGAACAGAAGGUGUGGUGGCCUUCCACCCACCACAUCAUAGGCAAAGACAUCCUUAAGUUUCAUGCCAUCUAUUGGCCUGCUUUGCUCCUGGGGGCUGGGAUGACCCCUCCUCAUCGCAUAUAUGUGCACUCCCACUGGACAGUACACGGCCAGAAGAUGUCUAAGAGCUUGGGUAAUGUGGUUGAUCCUUUGACUUGUCUUAAUAGGUUUACUGUAGAUGGCUUCCGUUACUUCCUCUUAAGGCAAGGUGUUCCUAACUGGGACUGUGACUACUAUGAAAAGAAAGUAGUCAAGUUACUUGACGCUGAGCUGGCAGAUGCACUGGGGGGGCUCCUGAAUCGAUGUACUGCCACUAGCUUGAAUCCUACUGGGAUCUUCCCAGUAUUCUGCAAUUCCUGUUUCCCUUCCAUGGAGGGUGCAACAGUAGCUCCCCCAAAGGCCCAACCAGAAGACUAUGCCUUGGUGAGGUCAGUGUCAGCUUUGCCUCUACAGGUGGAGAACUACUAUGAGAAUUUUCAAAUCUACAAGGCUUUGGAAGCAGUGUCCAGUUGUGUUCGUCAGACUAAUAGCUUUGUCCAGAGGAAUGCACCUUGGAAGCUUAACAGGGAGAAUUUGGCAGAUCUUCAAUGGCUGGACACAGUACUGCAUGUAACACUAGAGUGCCUUCGGGUCUUUGGAUUGUUGCUUCAGCCAGUUACCCCAGCACUAGCUGACAAGCUUCUUUCCAGACUAGGUAUCUCUGAAACUGAGAGGGGCCUUCAGGACUUAUGUUUCCUUCCUCGAUACUAUGGGCAAUCUUGUCCCUUUGAAGGGAGAAGACUGGGACCUGACACUGGACUCUUAUUUCCAAGACUGGACAAAUCUAGGGCACGUUUGACAAAAGUUCAUAGCACUUAGGUGUUUUUAAAAGUUAUGUUUUAAGUCAGGCAAACAUCUUUGGUAUGUUCCAGAGAGCUGGGUGGAAAGUUUCUCAAAUGACUACUUCAAGAGGAUAGGGAUAAGGGGUAUAAUGUGAACCUAGUACCUGCAAGAAAGGGUUUAUGAAUUCGGGUACACAAUGCCUGUACUCUUUAACCUCUUUACCCCAUUUAUCAUUUUACUUAGUACUGGCAAUUUGAGUAUAGGGUAGGGAGGAGAGAAGAUAAAAGCCAGAGCUGCUGGUACUUCCCCCCUCUUCCCUUUUCCCUUUCCUCUAAUUGUGCUACCUUGGCCACUACCAACUUUUCUGGACAAAUAAGUUGAAAUUAUCAGGUAAUUAUUUGCUUAGGCUACCUCACUAAUUUUCUAUAACCUAGGACUUUUGUCUCUGUCAGGCAAAAUAACUAAGCUAUUCUAAACUGUGGUAACCAUUUCUUGGUGAUAAGAUCCAAAUUUAUAUAGUCCCUUGAAUAAAUUUACCUUCAAAUGGUUAGUUUGUAGAUUUCUUAACCAUGAAGUGCAUAGAAUACCUAAACCCCAUUGGAAAGGAUUAUGAAGGAUGGCUGAAUAUCUGAACUGUCAGACUUCCUCCCUGACUGAAAUACCAGUAGUAUCCAUUUUUCUAGAGCUUUUUUAGUAGGACAUUCAUACCACCUCACUGGUUAGUGCACUUGAAGUACUGAUUAAAUAGUACAAUAGUAGGGUUGAACUUGGAAUGAGGAAGACUUAACUUGCAAAUCUUGUGUAUUCCUUGUCCUCAAAUAUUUUUUUCUCACUGAGCAGUAAAAAAGAUUUCUAUCAGCUUGAAGAUGGUUUCUCAUUAGGAACAGAGAGACCCUCAUUGAUAUGAGCGGGUGCAUUUGUGUGACUUUCAGCAGGUCACUUGUCUCUCAGGUCUCAAUUUGAUGGCCUCCAAGAUUCUUUUCAGCUCUAAAGCUGAAUUGGUCCUAUAAUUUUAUGAAUCCUGUGGUUCUAUGGUUUGCUUAUUAACCUGUCUGGGACCUUAACCAGUGAUGACUAGAUGUUUCAUUUUAGGCAACUGGUUGAGUGAAACCUUUAUUGAAAUUUAUUUAUUUUAAAUUUAGGUUAACUAUUGAAGUUACCUAAUUAAUUUUGUUGAUAUAACUGCUUAAAUAUACUGUUUUAAUAAUUGUGUUAAUGUAAGCUCUCAUUGUCUUUGCAGUCAAAUGAUAUUAUAAUCCAUCUCUGAAAUAAAACAGGCUUGCCCUAGAGAAUAGCUGGUACAGGGGGGGAGCAGAAGGUCCUGAGGUGCUUAAGGAGAGAUGUUGAGAUAUUGUUUAGAAAAUUUGAGGAAAACUUUGUGUUACCAGGUCUCUUAAGGUAUGUUAGUGGAUUAUAAAAUGUUGAACAUGAAAUCA